CCAGGACAAGCCGACCAUGAUGGACGACCCACCACGAGAUGAGAGAGAACCCACGGAUCAAGACGAAGGUGGCGCAGUGAAUGAGUCCCUACAGGCAGACACGAGACUGGUGGCGUUGCUCCAGUCGGGCGGUGACCUCACGGAAGCCGUGAUGGAGAAUUUCCAGGCUCUGAUCGAUCCAUUUCAAGAGCAAGGCCAAUUGCUCGACCCCAUUCUUCGCGACAUGGUGACACCCGUGGUGCGGCGCAUUCAGGACGUGAUAUCUUCAAUGACGGCGGCAAGUCAACCUUUGAAAGGCACAGCAUUUCCGUUUCAAGUGCUGAAUGCAAACACUCGCACUCAGCUGCAUCGCGCUUGCCAUAUUGUAUACCUCUUAUGCAAAGUGCGAGGAUACAAGACCAUCGUCAAGCUCCUGCCGCACGAUGUGGUCGAGUUUGAGCCCGUCCUGCUGUUGCUGCAUUCGCAAGAUCACGACGACCAUACGACGUGGGAGAUCCGGUUCGUGCUGCUGUUGUGGUUAUCCAUACUGGCAUUGGUGCCGUUCGACUUGAAGUCGAUCGAUUCUACUAUGGACGGGCAUGAAGCUCACGGCGAAUCCAUUUCAAUCGUCGCGGACAUCAUCGCAAUGUGCAAGAUGUAUCUGCAAGACAGCGGGCCGACACAACAAGCAGCUGCGUUGUGUUUGGCGCGACUAUUGAGCCGUCCAGACAUGGAAGACCAGUACUUGAUGGCAUUCCUCGAAUACGUCAAGUUCGAACUCGAUUCCUUCUGCAUGUCGAGCCAAACGGGCGACUCGACGCCGACCCAAACGCGUAUUCUCCAGUACAAAACCACAGGCAUCAUGCUGUGCCUAUCGUACAUUUGCAAGUUUACUCCGCGCGACAAGUAUAUCCUUAUGAUGGGCGACUGCUUUGGCCAUGUCAUGGCAGUCAUGGAGACCAUCCGCGCGCUAGACGCAGACGCUGCCAUCAGUAGCACGGUGCAUCGCAAAUUGAGCACAAAGCUACUUCAGCGGAUGGGCGUGCUGUACCUGCCACCAAAGGUCAUGACGUGGCGGUAUUCGCGCGGGAUGCGAUCGCUCGAAGCGAACUUGACAAAGAAAACGCAGGAAGAGCAAGUGGAUCACGCCGCCGGAGUCACACAACAGUUUGUGGACGCUGAUGACGAGAUGGAAGUUCCCGAAGAAUUGGAGCAAGUGAUCGAUGCCCUACUGUGCGGCCUGCGCGACCGCGACACGGUUGUGCGGUGGUCUGCAGCGAAAGGCGUCGGCCGAGUGACGUCUCGACUCCCUUUUGAAUUUGCCGACGACAUUGUGGAGGCUGUCCUUGAACUUUUCUCGGUCAACGAAUCCGAUGCUGCGUGGCAUGGAGCGAGCUUGGCCAUCGCGGAACUGUCGCGACGGUGUGUCUUGCUGCCUGAGCGGCUUCCCGAAGCCGUUCGAGUGAUCGGGCUCGCACUCAUGUACGAUAUCCGACGCGGGGCCCAUAGCAUCGGCGCCCACGUUCGAGAUGCGGCGUGUUAUGCUUGCUGGUCGUUUGCUCGCGCGUACGACCCUGCGCUCUUUCUGCCGUAUUUGAAGAACACGCUAGCGCCCAUUAUGCUCACGGUGUGUGCAUUUGAUCGAGAAUUGAAUUGCCGUCGUGCGGCGGCCGCGGCGUUCCAGGAAAGCGUUGGACGACAGGGCGUGGCCAACUUUCCCCACGGGAUCGACUUGUUGACAAAAGCCGACUACUUUACGCUCGCGUCAGUCUCGCACGCGUAUGUGGACGUGAGUCGCCACAUUGCCAAGUACGCCGAGUAUCGGUACUCGCUGAUGGACCAUGUCGCAUCGGUCAAGUUGUUCCAUUGGGACGUCAACAUUCGAGUGCUGUCAUCCAAUGCGAUUGGGCUCUUGGCGCCAUUGGAUGUGUCGUACACAAUCACUUCGAUCCUGCCGUCGUUGUUGGUCGCGAGCAUAUCCCCCACCAGCGACGUAAUUGUUCGCCAUGGCGCGACCCUGGCUGUGAGUGAAAUUGCGCUCCAAAUCGCCAGUGUCCCUGCCUUCUUCGACGGUGAAAUCAUUCGUCGGAUCAAAUUGAUCCCGAUUGAAAUGGAUAAACGACGCCUGUAUCGGGGACGAGGCGGUGAGAUGAUUCGUGCCGCGGUCUGUUCGCUGAUCCAAUCUAUUUGCAAAUUGGGGUGGCCCUUGUCUGUUACAAUCGUGAAGAAGUAUUUGGUUACAAUCGAAGAAUGCAUCAAAAACCCAAACGAAGUCGUGCGUGAUUGCGCCGUCGCAGCUUACGAAGAGCUCGCGAAUCGGUGCCUCAGCAAGCUGCAAGAAGCCGCCGAACACACCAUGUACAUCAACUCGAUCGUCCCUCGGUUCCUGUCCUCCGUCAAGGACAAGGCAGUGUUGAACCCGAACGUGGCUGUCCGUCGGGGCUUCCUCAAGGCUUUGGGCGUGACCCCGUUUACUCUCUUGCAACCUCACAUGCAAGAUGCCGUGGACCUCAUGAUUCUUGCUGCCGUCAUGAGCUACCACACACCAGAUGAACAAGAUGCCGAGUCUCGCGUCGCCGCCAUUCAAGCUCUCGUGAACUUCACAACGAAGAAUCGCGCGGCCAUCGACCUCGCUAUGCUCACGCGCAUCAUGGAAAGCAUUUUGAAAUGCGCAAACGAAGAUUAUAGCAUGGAUGAACGCGGAGACGUCGGGUCAUGGGUGCGAAAAGAAGCCAUGGUGGGGCUUCAGGCCGUCAUUACACGAUUCGCCAACGACGGCGGAGUCGCUGCAUCCGCGCCGACCAAGCAGCGCGUGCAUGUUCGUGGCUUUGGGUCAGGGACCGUGAUUGAAACUCGCGAGUUGAAGCGCAAGAUCGUCGCUGUUCAGUUCGACAAACCAAAUCUCGGCUACUUUUACUUUUCUCCUCACGGAAUCGGGAAAUUCCCCGACCAUCGCGUGCACGACGAAGCAAAUAUGGUUGGGUUGCCGUCCCUUGCCGACCGCCGCAUUGAACCAUCGUCGGCAAUGCCACUCGUGCUUGUUCCUCCUGCGAUCGUGUCGCAGUUUUGCCUUGUGCUCGUAAAGCAACUGAGCGAAAAGCUGGAUAGUGUUCGAAGUGUCGCAGGAACGAUUUUGCAUCAAUUGGUCACCAAUGCGACUUGGAUCGACGGAAUUCCAGACCGACCUGUGCUGGCGCCGGUGGUGCAGUCGCCCGACGUGAACUGGUCCAUGGCCCACGUUGCAUAUCCCAUGGUUGUUGCGCUGUUGGACAGUCCAUCGUAUAUCGAGGCUGUGGUCGCCGGUCUUGUCGUGUCCGUGGGCGGGCUGACCGAAAGUGUGGUGAAAGCAUCCAAGAAUUGCCUCUUGGGCUGGCUAAAGACGCAGCUCAAGCUCAACAACUUCAAGGCGGUCAGUGCCGUCGCCCAUCGCUGCGUCGCCCUGUUCGAAAAGCACACCAAGGACGACCGCGUCGUGAUCCCCCUGAUGAAAACGAUCGCGUACUGCCUCGAAGAAGGGGUUUUCGACGUUUUGCACAAGGACGGCGCCGGCCAAUUUGGCAACGCUCUGUACGACGCAGUGCGGAUCGAAAUCGGAAAGUCGUCCAAUGUGAAUAAAAUCAGCGCCGGCUUGACAGUGCUCGUGGGGCUCCUUCCCAGUGAGCCGUCCGUGGAGAAGCGAUGCCUGCGAGGAAUUUGCGUAUGUCUUGGCCACCGGUUUCCCAAGGUGCGCAAGCUGACGGCGGAGAAGCUGUACACGCGCUUGCUUUUGCACGAGGAUGUCCUCAACGACAAUUCGGUCGGACAGGUUCUCUCCGUGUUGAGCGACACUGUGUGGGAUGCUGGUCUCGACGUUGCUCGCAGCAAGCGCGAUGUCCUGGUGACGUUGCUGAAUCUGGACAAGAUCGAAGCCAGGGACUCGUCAGGUGCUUCGAAGCCAUCGACGAAAGGGACGCAGGGCGACGACCACUCGUACCAGUCACUUGUCAAGGAGAUGGGGUAUUAAGACCAAAUUCAUUCUACAUGGACUA